AUGGAGAGUCCUUCGCAAGGGCAGUCUAAACGGCCUCGUGUCUCUGACGAGAACCGCAAGCGCGCUGUCAGAGCAUGCGAUGGGUGUCGCCGCGUCAAGGAAAAAUGCGAAGGUGGCGUCCCCUGUCGUCGCUGCACGCGCUAUCGUCGCCAGUGUCUUUUCACUCAGCAAGAACAGCCGUCGCGGUCUUCCGAGGACGAUCGAGUGCACUAUAUGGAACGCAUUCUGCAUCACUAUGUUCCUCAUUUAUCGCUGGAUCUGCCGUCGCUGCGCACCGCGGCGGAGAAGCUGAACCAGCAUCAUCGCGGGUCCUCGGUCGAUGUCGAGGAUCUGGAGGAUUUGACUAUCGACGAUGAGGAUUUUGUUAUCAAGCCUAUGCCGGAUAAUACGACUCAGUAUUCUGGGGAAUUCUCGUAUCUUAAUUUUUCGAUGAAAAUUCGGCAGAAAAUCGAUGAAUGGAUUAAGGCGGCUGUGCCGGAGGCUUCUACCGAAACUGAAACAUUCGAAGACCACUGGCGUGCGACACAGCUUCAAUCUGGCUCAUCCCUGGUGGCUUCCGUCACCUGUCUUCCGCCACGUUAUGUGGCCGAUUUCCUCGUCCAGAUCUUCUUCAAAUAUGCACAAACUAACAACUUCUACGUCGAAGAAGAAUGGCUCCUCGACAAGCUCAACAUCUGCUAUACGGACCCCUCAGCACUAGCCCCCGACGAUGCAGGCUCCGUCUGUGCCAUCCUCAUGGUUCUCGCCGUCGGCACUCAGUUUGCGCAUAUGGAGUCACCGACACCAGUUAACCAGUUAUCAGAGGAUCACCGGUUCUCUGAAGAUGAGGUCGGAUUGACUUUCUAUCAGUUUGCGAGCAAGUUGCUACCAGACAUCAUUGCAACUACGUCUGUGAGGAGCGUGCAGGCUUGUUUGCUUAUUGGAACUUAUUUGCUUCCGUUGGAUACUUCUGGGCUUUGUUAUACGUAUUUUGGACUUGCGCUGAAAAUGGCGAUCCAGAAUGGUAUGCAUCGACGGUAUCAGGGGGAGGGACUUUCGAGAAGAAUGGUUGAGGUGCGAAAUCGGGUUUUUUGGACAGCUUAUACUAUUGAGAAACGUGUGAGCAUUCUCCAUGGGCGACCAGUCUCGCUAUCAGAUUCAGACGUCGAUGCCGCUCUGCCAACAGACUUUCCCGGUCUCAUGCCUUCCGGACAAGUCUCCAACCAUACCAACAUGGUAACCUUGAUCAACCUGACGUUAAAAUUAGGCCAGGUUGCUCAUGAAAUAUCAUCACUCCGCAAAUUCCCCAAAGGCCAGCAGCAGGACUGCCUAGAACGCCUUCUAAACAUCCGUAAAAACCUCGUCGAGUGGUGGGCCACUCUCCCUGAAGUCACCCACUGCAGAGACCUCAACCCAGCAAACCCUCUCUUCCGCUCGAAUGUGCACCUAAAGCUCGACUACUGUCUCACGCGUGUCUGGAUCGGUCGUCCGUUCCUCUUCAGCAAUAUCCGUGGCGUCAAUCCCGUCCCGUCACAGGGUUCAAAUCCGCCGUUCAAAAUGACAUCUGGCACGUCCAAGAACAGAAACAUCCUCGUCACCGACUGCGUCGAGGCUGCGCUAGAAAUUGUCGACUUAUGCCGUCUCCUCCGCGACGAAGCCGGCCUCGCCCGCGCUUCAUUCACAGAAUUCAGCUCCUGCCGCGCAGCACUCCUAGUCAUCCUCGCACAAAGUCUAACAAAGCGCACCGAGCGUCUCCGCGAAGCAUUAGACAAAGGCAUGGGCCUGAUAAAGAUCAUGUCUAUGGGCGUAGGCUCCGCCCGGUCUGCCGUCAGCGUCAUCGAAGCCCUCGAGCGCGCUAUCCGCCGACUAGAAGAAUGGAGCUCUACCCAAAGCGGCACUAACAACCCCGGAAUCGUUGAGUCCGCAUACGACCGUUUCAAGAACUGGGAAAUGCUCUGGAAAUCUGGACCCCUCUCACCGAGUUCCGUGUUCGCAUCUGCAGCAAGCAACAACGGUAGCGGGAAUGGGAACAACAACGGUACCACACCAUUACCAGUCACUCCUAUGAUACCCAAUAUCUCCCCGCCUCCUCACACAGAUACCAUCUCAGAUGCUAACCACAGUCCUGAUGAUUUCCCUGGCCACCAUCACCAUCACCACCAUCACACGGUAUCAUCUGAUUUCUCGCCGAUUGGGAUCCCGACACUCCCGCAUUUCGGGUUCGAUCAUUUUGUUUCGAAUUUUCCGCAGGAGUUGGAUGAGUUUACGGCGAUUCCAUGCUUUGAGACGGAUCCGGGUGCGCAGCAGCAGCCGGGGCAGAAUCAAGGCCAGCAGCGAAUGGGACAGGGUCCUGGGCAUGGUCACGGGCAGAGUCAAAGCCCGCCGGGGUUGGAGUUGGAUAAUCGGUGGAUGCAGUUUAUUAAUAAUGACUAA